GUGACUAACAAAUCUGUGUCUGUGAAGUAAACUGAAGCAAUUGCAAUUCUCACCAAAGGAUCACUGCCUUUCAUUGAUUGGUACCCAGUGAUGGAAAGGAAUUUUUUUCUGCACAUUUUAUUUAAUCUUUUUAGUUGAUUCAGGCAGGAAAAUAAAUCUGGUCCAUGUUAUUCCAUUUUGACAGGGAAAAGAAAUUUGUGGAGUAGAUUUUUUAAGUUAAAAGCACUUUGCAUUUUAUAAAUCUAAAGCUCUUGUGAACUUGACUUAUCUUGUUGCAGCUCACUUACUGGAUGGGAGUUUACUGCUUUCACUUCUGACUUCCUGUUUUGCAACUACUUAUGAAACAGUGUGAUAUGCUCUUGAUUAAAUAGAGACAUUACUGUGAUGGCGACAGAGAGAAAAUGUUUCAGAGAAACCCUACCUCUGGAGAAAACGUGGAAGAGGGGCGAUCUGGUAAAUUACUCCAAAUUCUUUAUCUGCUGAGCCAAUCGGGACGAAUACUCCAAAGGAUACGCCUAGCAAUUAUAUCUUUUGUAACUUCUGCCAAGUUUUAUCGUUUCAUCUUCAUUGCAUCUCUAGCUGCAAAUCUAAUGCUAUUUUAUCCUCUUUUCCCAGUGAAAAGGAGAGAGCUGGACUCGCAUGUUCUGCAUGUCCCCUGCUUAAAAGGAUGGAUAGGAUUUGGAAGUAAAUGUUUUUAUUUUUCUGAAGACACAAGGAACUGGACAUUCAGUCAGACAUUCUGUACUUCAUUGGAAGCUGUCCUUGCUCAGUUUGAAACUAAGGAUGAGCUGAACUUCCUGAUAAGAUACAAAGGCCCUUUUGACCAUUGGAUUGGCCUUCAUAGAGAAUCAUCACAUCAUGUUUGGAAAUGGACAGACAACUCUAAAUAUAAUGCCUCGUUUGCCAUCACAGGAGAUGCAACCUGUGGCUACCUGAAUGACCUUGGAGUUAGCAGUGCCAGAAGUUAUACAGAUAGAAAAUGGAUUUGCAGCAAACAAAUAAUGUCUCCAUGUCCUUAAAUUCUUCAAGUCCUUUUUAGGGAAUUUCACACACCAUCUCCAAGAGAUGCAUUAUAAAUUAUGAACAGUUGCUGCUCUAUUUCUUGCUCUUCCAAAAAUAUCACCAACAUUCAUUUAUAGUGUUGUUAACAGCAAGGAGACAAGCUAUAAUUGAAUGAUACAGGGAUUUGGAAAAGCACGGUUCUAAAUUAAAUAAGUGUUAUAUAAUAUGAGUUGAUAUUUAUGUUUUGAAGCCAGUCAAUAUGAAUAAACGCCUCUUUUUAUAUACAGACAGUACUUUCUUUGCACACAUGGGACCAUAAAAAUAACUAUGAUAACUGAAGCCAGGCAAAAUCAUUUUAAUCACUGAUGUUAUUAAUUGGUUAACAUAGUUGAAAUUCUCUUGGAUCAGUUACAAAUGUAUGGGGAAAAUUGUUUUGGACUUCCCUGGUGGCACGGUGGAUAAGCAUCUGCCUGCAAAUUCAAGGAACAUGGGUUCGAUCACUGGUCCAGGAAGAUUUCACAUGCCACAGAACAGCUAAGCCCAUGUGCCACAAUACUGAGCCUGGAUUCUAGAGUCCAUGAGCUGCAACUAUUGUUGCCCAAGUGUCCAAGAAUCUGUCCUCUGCAACAUGAGAAGUCACUGCAAUGAGAAGCCCAUGCACUGCUGUGAAGAAUAGCCCUCACUCUCUGCAAUUAGAUAAAGCGCAAAACAAGGAAGACCCAGUGCAGCCCAAAAUUAACUAAUUCAUUAAAUUUAAAAAAAAAAAAAGACACAUAUAUAGGGUAAUUUUUAAAACUCCCAAGACUAGGGACUUACCUGGUUGUCCAGUGGCUAAGACUCUGCUCCCAAUGCAGGAGGCCUAGGUUUGAUCCCUGAUCAGGGAACUGGAUCCUGCAUGCUUAAACUAUAAGAUUCCCCAGGCUUGUCUCAGCCAAAAGUUCCCACUUGCAGCAACUAAAAAUUCCACAUGCUCUAUAACAAAGUGUAUCAGCUGUACAGCAUGUAGAAUCUUUGGUUGAUGCAUGUGAGAUUUUACUCCAAUUAAAAAAAAAAUCUUACCACAAAAAGCAGGAAAGAAGAAAGAAAGACAUCACAGAAACUGGCAAGGAAAAAAAAAAACAGGAUUCCACAUACCACAACCCAUAUAGAUUCCUCAUGCUGCCAAUAAGAUCCAAGCAACCCCUCCCCCCAAAAAUUAACUAAGAAUAAUAUUUAUUAUAGACUCUAUAUUUUAAAACAUUAGAAACACUGAAAAAAUGCUUCAUACACUUCAAUUCUCAGUGUUUAUGUUAUAAGUUACAGUGUGCUAAAUAAAUGUUAUCCCUAUAAACCAA